AUGCUCCCAGACAGCCCAUCGCCACGUGCCGCUCUUGCCUUGUCCGAUUUGCAGCCACAGACCGGUGCCACCGCGAAUUUCAGCAUUGCCAGUUCAUCAGGAAAUUGGUCCACCCGAGGUGUCGGAGGUGUCAGCGGUGACUACAUUGACAAGACCGGCGGUGGAAUGUUCGGAAACAGCAGAAACAAUGUGAGUUUGACCGAUUCGCAUUCGGAAACAACAACUCGUCGUCUUCAUCCAACAACUGCUUCUCGUCCACAAGCAAUUCGUCGGGCGGUCUUUUUUCCAGUAAAUAAGUUAUCAAGUGAGUUGUGGCUAGCCUUCGGAAUGCGAUCGGCAACCGGUAUUACCCUCAUCCUAAUCUCGAUUCUAACCAUCAUCCUUCCCAGUGUAUAUACUAGUGAGCCGAAGUUGCCCGAUUGCGAGCAAAUCCCAAAAGUUUUGUGCUGUACUCAACGUGUCUUAGAUAAAUGUAUGUCGGGUUGUAUCGAUCAUGUAACCGAGAAGUGUCCACAUAAAUUGGAAAAAUACGAGACAAUUGACGACGAAGAGCCAUCAACAACCACUAGAGCGCCAAAGAAAGAAGCAAAGAAGCAAGCGAGAGUCGUGGGACAAGUCAGACACCCCGAGGCUAACCGCGAGGUUGACCACGAGGUCAAGGAGCAGUUCAUCGACUCCAAGGACAUCAGAAGAGCACCACUUGCCGGUGACGCGAAGAUGUUGAAUCAGGAGUAUCCGAUCACGGAAGUCACCGAUGCGGAUUUGUCAUCAGAGUGUGGAACAGAGAAAUCGAAUCCUCCAUUCUCACCAUGCUUGUCCAGAAAGUCCGCUGACGACGUCUUCUUGUCCUGCUGCCGCCAACAACUUCCAUCCAACUGUCAUAGCUUGUGUACCUAUGAGCAUCGGGAGCAUGUUGCUGCGGAGACGCUUAUUCAGGCCAUCCAACAGGAACAUUGUGAUAUGAAGUACCUCUCCAACAUCCUCUACUGUGCCAACCAGAACCGUGACAAUCGUGCGUGCUGCUCCCACCUAGGCAUGUCAAAUCCAGAGCUCGGCGUCGGCGAUCGCUGUCUCCGAAUGUGCAACAUCGCUCCAUCGGGCGAUCGUGUCAGUUCUGUCGAGAAGGAGGAUCUCGUUUGUCUAUCGAAUUGGAAUGUGGUUAUGUAUUGCGCAAGAGGAGGUCUUCGUACCAUCAAUUAG